AUUGUUCUUCAAUCGUCUUUACCAAUGGCUACCCAAUUGUUCCAAGAAGCAAGGCGGAUGGAUUUUAUGGGGAAAGACUCAGCCUGGAUAAUUACAGAUAGCAUUUCAAGCUUCCUGGAUUCCAUGGACACCUCCUUUAUCUCCUAUAUGGAAGGGGCUCUAGGAAUCAAGUCCUACUAUUCCAAAUCCAAUAGGCCCUUCCAAGAAUUCUCUGCCCAGUUUCAGAAAAAUUUUAAAUCUGAAUACCCAGAGGAAGACAACGCCCAGCCAGGAAUUCAUGCACUACGAGCAUAUGAUAGCAUUGCUGUCAUCACACGGGCCCUGGAGAGAUUAGCUGAUGAUACUAAUACUCCAAAAAUGUUGUUAAAAAAUAUAUUAUUAAGUGACUUCAGUGGUUUAAGUGGAACAAUUAAUUUUUCAAAUUCAAAUUCGUUGCCAUUCAUUAUUAUAAACAUUGUUGGAAAGGGUUACAGGGAGCUUGAUUUUUGGACACAGGACUUGGACAACCCUUUCAGCAGAGAAGGUGGAGACAAAAAUAGCGGUAGAAACACCACAAGGAUUUUGGAGGGUCCAGUGAUUUGGCCAGGGUACCUAAAACGUGUCCCCAAGGGAUGGGAAAUGCCCACUGAUCCAAAACCAUUGAAGAUUGGAAUUCCAGCUAACGGCACUUUUAAAAAUUUUGUGGAGGUGGGCGAAGCUCAAAUCGAGCCUGAAAAAAAAUAUACUGGUUUCUGUAUUGAUAUUUUCCACGAGGUGUUAAAAAUUUUGGAGCAAAACUACUCUCUACCCUACGAGUUCCAUCCAGUUGUUGGCACAUACGAUGAGCUGGUUGAUUGUGUUUACAACAAGACCUAUGAUGCUGUGGUUGGGGAUGUGACAAUACUUGCCACCCGUUCAAAAAAAGUGGAAUUCACAGUGCCAUAUGCUGAGUCGGGAUUGGUGAUAGUACAAGUAACGUCUGAAGAACCUCACAAGGCAUGGAUGUUCCUGAAGCCUUUCACUAGGAAAAUGUGGGUAACCACUGGUGCACUCUUGGUCUACACCAUGUUCAUAGUUUGGGCAAUGGAGUACCAAUCCAACAAUCCGGCAUUCAGAGGCCCAUGGAGGAGUCAGCUUGGGACUGCUCUUUGGUUCACCUUCUCUUCUCUUUUCUUUGCUCAUAGGGAGACAAUUCGUAGCAAUAUUACUCGAGUAGUGAUAGUGGUGUGGCUGUUUGUAGUCUUCAUUUUAACCUCGAGCUACACUGCUAGUCUCUCUUCCAUGCUCACUGUCCGACGACUUGAUUCCAAUGUGAUGGAUAUCGAAUGGCUAAAAGCUACUAGGUCUGUGGUUGGUUGUAAUGGUGCUUCAUUUGUGAGGAAAUUCUUGGAGAAUGUGACUAAAUUCGAAGCGGCUGAUAUCAAGAAUAUUAGCAGCCAAUACCAAUACCCCGGCGAAUUCCAUAGUGGGAAUAUCUCAGCUGCCUUUCUUGAACUUCCUUAUGCGAAAAUUUUCACUAGUCAGUUCUGCAAGAAUUACACUGCCGGUCAACCCCUCAACAGAUUCGGAGGAUUAGGCUUUGCCUUUCAGAAAGGCUCUCCACUAGCUGCUGACUUCUCUGAAGCCAUCCUAACCCUAUCUGAGAAGGGGAGAAUAAAAGAAUUAGAAGAUAAGUGGUUUCCUCGUUCUGCCGAGUGUUCCACCACCGAAACUGAUGAACUGAGCCUCAGGAACUUCUGGGCUCUCUACCUUUUAUGUGGCGCCACUUCCACCCUCUGCUUUCUACUAUUCCUCCGUCGCCUGCUCAUCGAGUUUAAACGCCACCAGGCAUCCAGAAGUGAUGCAAGCCCAAGUGAUGAGAGUGUCUGGAUGAAGACUGUUCAAUUGGUACAUUUCUUUCAUCAUGGACACACUGAGAUUCCUGAUGAAAGACCGUCAAAUUUGUCUCCCUGUCCCGCCGGAGAUGAAUGGAGCUCUCCAAGGUUGUCACUAGAGAGCCCUUCUGAUGCCCCGGAGCCUUCGGAGGCCUCCCCACCUACUGCGACUAUGAACUCAAGGGUGAACGCUUCUGAUGUGCUGGAGCCUCCUGAGACCUCUCCCCACAACCAUGUACCCUAGAUAGAAACCAGCUGUUGAACUUGUGUACUACUAGUUUACUCAGAUUGAAUAAAUAAUUGAUUUUUGUAAA